CGCUACUUGUGAAGUUAUACUCAAAGAAGGGCAACGGGCUGAGCUUUUUUUCUGCCAGUGGUCUAAUCUAACUUCGAUAUAAUAGGUUAUCUUGUUGGAUGAGAUGUCAAAAAAUCGACUCACUUUCAGUUGCGCGCAGUGGUCAGAACUGAUCUGAAGCUAGUUGUUCGGUGAAGUAGGCGACUUAAUUCCUGCUAUGACUAACUUUGAUCACAAGCAAUAAAUAGCCUACAGCUCGUGGUCGCUGACAGUCUAUGGAAUAUGUACGUAUACAACGCGGUAUGAGGGAAGCGAAGUAGGCUACUAGACUACAAGAACAAGCAUUCAUGGCUGCCGAUGAGUCAACAGUGAUUGUAACUUUUUCUGAAGUCCAAAGUCGCUUCUAGGCUACAAAUGGGUUCCAUGUUUGAUCUGAGCGUUGCUGUAAGACUCUAUUUGCUGUCUUGUUUCGUUGUAUCUGUGGACUUCACUUUAGGCUUGGGACAAAGCCAAGAUACUGAAUUCACGUUUCAACUCCCUGCAGGUAGAACAGAAUGUUUCUACCAAACAGCUACGAAGAACGGAAGCCUGGAAGUAGAAUACCAGGUGAUUGCAGGUGGAGGCCUGGAUGUGGGCUUCACCCUGAUCUCCCCCAGCGGGUACAAGCUGGCCUCUGAGUUCAGGACAUCUGACGGCAUCCACACGGUGGAUCCUACAGAGGAUGGAGACUACCGGCUGUGUUUUGACAACAGCUUCAGUAAGCUUUCUGAGAAGAUGGUGUUCUUCGAGGUGAUCGUGGAGGGCCAACCUGGGGACACCUGGGGCGAUGAAGAGUGGGCUGACAUGGCCGAGCCAGAGAGUAUGGUGGAGUACAAACUGGAAGACAUCAGGGUGAGAAGGACAGGAGGAACACCCAAACGCUCAGCCACUGGGACUGGAGACCAUGGACUCAGUGCACAGGCACCUGGAGCGGAGCCGGCAGCUUCAGACCAUGCUGAGGGCCUUCGAGGCCCGGGACCGCUAUCUACUGGAGGACAAUCUGUGGAGGGUCUCGUUCUGGUCCUCCAUGAGCCUCCUGGUCAUCCUGACCGUGGCCGUCACACAGGUCUAUACCCUCCGACGCCUCUUCGACGACAAGAGGGUCUGCAGUCCCUAGUGUCCAGUAGUAUCUUCCACCACCCCCACACCCUUCCCAGUGGUAUCUUCCACCACCCCCACACCCUUCCCAGUGGUAUCUUCCAACACCCCCACACCCUUCCCAGUGGUAUCUUCCACCACCACCACACCCUUCCCAGUGGUAUCUUCCACCACCCCCACACCCUUCCCAGUGGUAUCUUCCACCACCCCCACACUCUUCCCAGUGGUAUCUUCCACCACCCCCACACCCUUCCCAGUGGUAUCUUCCACCACCCCCACACCCUUCCCAGUGGUAUCUUCCACCACCCCCACACUCUUCCCAGUGGUAUCUUCCACCACCCCCACACUCUUCCCAGUGGUAUCUUCCAGCAGACCCACACACGGCCCGAUGGUAUUUUCCACCACCCCCACACCCUUCCCAGUGGUAUCUUCCACCACCCCCACACCCUUCCCAGUGGUAUCUUCCACCACCCCCACACCCUUCCCAGUGGUAUCUUCCACCACCCCCACACCCUUCCCAGUGGUAUCUUCCACCACCCCCACACCCUUCCCAGUGGUAUCUUCCACAAAGAUGCCAUAGAAGGGUGUUGGGACUAACAGGACCCUACUGUAAAGUAAUGGUUUCAGAGAUUGAAGAAGAGACACUAUUGACAACAGUGAUGUUUGGUAAAUGAGGGACUGUUAGUAAGGAUUUAGUGAUGUUUGAGUGUGAUGAGUUUGAUUCAGCUUUUGAGUGGCAGAAAAGUGCAUGUUUGUAUGUGAGUAAUAAACACUGUAUAAUGAUGUUUUGACAAUUUAUUGUCAAUCUAUCAAACAAGAAACCAAUGCAAUAGCAGAUCAUGUGGUUGUAUGUUUUUAACAUGGGAUCUUAAGAGUGACUUUACAAAUAUAAUUUAUUUAAUGACAUGGUUAUAACACAACUACAGCAAAAUAAACACAGACACACAAAAAACAUUA